CGCUGUUGAGCCGCUCUCCGUCAGUCUCACACAGUCCCGAAACUCUCGAGCCACAGCGACCCGUCACACAACAUGACAACAAUCUAAUGUGCUAUUCUGUGAACAAAACCGCUUUUCUGGGAAUAUUUAUACACUAACUGGACUAAAAGAACGGCAAAUCUUACUGAAGAGGUGUGGCUCUCUGUCUGGAGCUACUGACCUCAGCCCUGCUGUCAUGGCCUCAGCCCUCACACCAUGCAGAAAGCACCCCUCCUAACCCUCAUACCUCACACACACUCACAUCACACUUCACCACACACGCGCACAGCCAUGAUGACCACCUCCCACAUGAACGGAUAUGUGACAGAGUCAGACGGCGGUGGAGGGAGCGGCGGAGGCACUGACAUCUUGGAGGAGGUGGUUCAGAGACACAGGGAGAUGGCGGUGGACUGCCCCAGCGAGCUGGGUGCUCGCACCCUGCCCGUCAGACGCAGCGCCCAGUUGGAAAGGAUCCGUCAGCAGCAGGAGGACCGCAGGAGACGAGAGGAAGAGGGCCGCAACCGGCAGGAACUCGACCUCAACUCGUCCAUGCGCCUCAAGAAACUCUCCCAGAAUCCCAAAGUGGGCAUCGAUAACCCCACCUUUGAGCAAAUGGAAGGUCCCGGUGGCUCCAUAGGUGGUCUGCAGAGCCUCACCGCACCACCAGCUUUACUAGAGCUGGAGGACCUGUUGAUGUCCCUCAAGCAGGUGCAGCAUAAUUUAAAUGACUCUCAGAGUCAAGAGGACGUGGAGCUGGUUCUACAGCUGGUCCAGAAGCCUGACUUCCAGAAAGCCUUCAACAUUCACAACGCCGUGGCCCACUAUAUGAACCGGCCCAGCCCUCCCUACCCCCUGACGGACCACGCACAGAGCCUCGCGCAAGAGGUCGAGGUCAUGAUGCACAACAGCUCACAGAAGGAUGGACUUGAGCUAAGCAACCUGCUCACGACGCCUCACGUGCAGGCACUUAUGAUGGCCCAUGACAGUGUGGCUGAACAAGAGAUGCAGCUGGAGCCACUUGUUUCUUCUGUCAGUGCAAGUGAGACUCUCACCCAGUGGGGCGGGGAGACUGUCAAAAUCGUGCGGAUUGAGAAAGCCAAGGACAUCCCAUUGGGAGCGACUGUUAGAAACGAUAUGGACAGCGUGGUCAUCAGCCGCAUUGUGAAAGGAGGGGCGGCAGAACGCAGCGGCCUGCUGCACGAAGGAGACGAGAUCCUGGAGAUCAACGGUGUGGAAAUCCGUGGCAAAGACGUCAACGAGGUCUUCGAUAUCCUGGCGGACAUGCAUGGCGUACUCAGUUUUGUUCUCAUCCCCAGCGCGCAGAUCAAACCACCUCCCAUUAAAGAGACUGUGAUGCACGUGAAGGCGCAUUUUGACUACGACCCCUCAGAUGACCCCUACGUGCCGUGCCGAGAGCUCGGCCUGUGCUUUCAGAAGGGAGACAUCCUCCACAUAAUCAGCCAGGAUGACCCCAACUGGUGGCAGGCCUACAGAGAUGGGGAUGAAGACAACCAGCCUCUUGCUGGCCUGGUCCCUGGCAAAAGUUUCCAGCAGCAGAGAGAGGCAAUGAAGCAAACCAUAGAGGAGGAUAAAGAGCCUGAGAAGUCAGGAAAACUCUGGUGUGCUAAAAAGAACAAGAAGAAGCGAAAGAAGAUGCAAUACAAUGCUAACAAAAAUGAUGAUUUUGAUAACGAGGAGAUUCUCACAUAUGAAGAGAUGGCACUGUACCACCAGCCAGCCAAUCGCAAACGGCCCAUCGCUCUAAUCGGCCCACCGAACUGUGGGCAAAAUGAGCUCAGACAAAGACUCCUCUCAAGUGAGCCGGACAGGUUUGCUGGCGCUGUUCCUCACACCACACGAAGCCGUCGUGAUAUUGAGGUCAAUGGCCGCGACUACCACUUUGUGUCCCGUCAGGCUUUUGAGAUGGACUCUGCGGCAGGGAAGUUCAUAGAGUCCGGAGAGUUUGAAAAGAACCUCUACGGUACCAGCACAGACUCGGUCCGACAGGUCAUCAACACGGGCAAAAUCUGCCUUCUGUGUGUUCACACUCAGUCUUUAAAGGUGUUGCGCAGCUCGGACCUCAAGCCCUACAUCAUCUUCAUCGCUCCUCCAUCCCAGGAGAGAUUGAGAGCCCUCUUAGCUAAAGACAACAAAAACCCAAAGCCCGAGGAGCUGAGAGACAUUAUCGAGAAGGCCCGGGAGAUGGAGCAGAACUUCGGCCACCUGUUUGACGCCGCCAUCGUGAACACUGACCAGGACAAGGCCUACCAGGAGCUGCUGCGUCUCAUCAAUAAACUAGACACUGAACCUCAGUGGGUCCCCUCGUCCUGGUUGCGCUGAGAUGAACCCCACUCACAGCCACCCCUCAGCAGACGGAUGUCAGUGAAGAGCAGACUGAAUCGCACACUCUCGGGUUUCAUAGAGUUGGCUCAAUACCGCUGUUUUUACACUACAGGAUUCGACACUAGAUAAGGACACCACGCGCCCUCAGACCUGGACAGAAGUGUCUGUCUGCACUGCGCUGUCGGGAAUGAGUUUUUAUGUCAUAAUUUGUUUGAUCAUGGUGUGUUUUUGAGUCCGUUUACCCACAUUCCAGUGAGAGAGUUACCAGCACUUGGUGCAGCAGUAGAAUUAGGGCUUCUAUACUGCUUUUGAUAACUAUUUAUGAUUGUAAAUAUUCUCUAUGUAUUUUUAAAGUUUUUGGACAAAUGUGGAGAUGGGUUUGCGUUGUGGGAAAGCAGCGAGGCACCGUUUUAAAAGUCCAAUGAGAUAUUCAGACUUCAGAACACUUUGGGCUCCCUGACAUUAUUAGUGGACAACGACGUUCGUACAUUCUGUUCUUUCCUCUUCUCACCCUUAACCUCUGAUGUGAGUUCAGUGCCCAUUGUGUCUGAACAACUCUUUCAAGACACUAAAAGGGAUAACUGUUGAAGCGACUGAUGCCUUCUAUCCUUGUGGCGCUGCCUUGGUGUUCCUAUGACAGAGUUCGACAGUAAACUUCAGGUUUUUUGAGAGUUUCCUAGGCCACUUCUGAACACAGCUGCAACAUGUAAGUGGCUACAUUUAAGUCUAUGCUCUCUGUCUCAGUAUUCACACGCACUUCCAGCACUCAGAAGUGUAACCAGUAUUGUAAACAGUAUUUGACAGCAAUACAAUGAGGUUCACCAUCUGAGCGUCAGCACGGCCUAGUCUUAGUCAAUGCUUCUGCACAAUUUAAAAUGUUUCCUUCGUGGUUUGUUUUUGAUUGGAUUUGAAGGUUCUGUGUUGUGUUUUACCCAUUUCAACAUGAGCAAAGGGCUUGUGUUUUAACUUAUGGUGAUGCUUUACAUUAUUAGGGUCUCAUGAAACUUGAGAAGAACAUGUCCUGGUCAUAUUUCACCCUAAAUCAGAAAGAAAGAAAGAAAAUUAUGGGCUUUCAUUCAGCGUUGUGAUAUUAACAAUUAAGCGUUUUUUCCUCAAUUCUCAUCAACGUAAUACAAAAAAAUGAGAAAUAGAUGAACUUCAUCAAAUAUUUAUUGUACUGCCCUUAAUUUGUGCUUAUAAAAUCAUAGAUUAUAUAGGUUUUAUACUGUAAUAGUCAAAAUACUGUUCGAUAUCUGAAUCACUUUUAAUGACAACAGCAAAAAAAAAAAGUAAAUGUCAAAUAUUUUACCAGUAAUAAGAAAAAAAAUGCUUAAUUUUUGUGAAAAUGAUAUGGUCCGAAAAAUAGGCUCCAUUUUCUUUAUGCAAUAUAUUUUUUUUUUUCCAUGUGAUUUUGGGGUGUAAUUUCACCUGGAUGUGUUUCAUGAGAUUCUCCCAUUGGUUUUCCAUGACUUUAAAUGAUCAAAAGUAUGAAACAUCAGCUCUGUGUUGAGGUGAGAUUGUGUGUGUUGAUUCAUAUGCUUGUGAAUGCAUGAUUUUGGGGUGUGCGAGUGCAAAUGCUGGAAGUAGAGAACACUUGAUCUUGAUGGACAGAAAUCAUCUGUGUGUGUGUGUAUGAUUGGUAACAACUCUUUUAAAGGAAGGACUGUCAGUUAUUGCAGGCAAGUAUUAUCUCCAAAGCUGAUUCAAGCACACACUGGGAGCAGCUUUACUGAGAUUUGUUCUGCAGAACUGUUUUUAUGUUAUUUUUGUUUUUUCCUUAAGAUAAUCGAUGUGUAUUUAGAAAACAACCUGAAUAUUUUUUUAAUGUACAGAAUAGCUCAGCCACUAGGAAAACACACCGUUGAGGUUUUUACUCUUGUGCACUACAGUUUGGUUUGUGUUCUGAGUGUGGACGGAGCCGGUAACCCGCUGUGUCUCAUGUGAUCUAGUUACAUGCCAGUCAACUGGAAGUAGAAUUAAUGAAUGUAAAAGAAGAAUCACCUUUCCUUCUCAACUGUUUUUGUAUGAAUUAUACAAGUGAAUUAAAGCCCAGAUUAAUAGUG